UUUUAUUACUGAUGUCAUACUCCAAUUCACAAAUUUAUAAAAAAAAAGUGAGGCAAGUUUUCAUCUUUUCUCGAACCACUAAUAUUCAGCAGAUAACACGUCCUGGUCCAACACUAACCAAUCCCCUCUGGCCCUCUCUCUCAUUUGUUCUCGAAUUUCAGUCUUUAAAAAUAAUUUUUUUCUUUCAAUCUUAUAAGGUCUUUCCGUAGUUAAUUCCAUCAAAUAUUUAGUUUGAUCCACAUGGGCUCAAACUUGUGCUGCUCUCGCCAUCCAGAUACCUAUGAAAGUACCACGGGCAACAACGGUGACCGUAGCUUGCCAACAGGCGAUGACAAAUUUCUAUCGGACGCAAGCACUUUCUCCGUGAAGGAGCAAGAGAGUCAGCUUAAGGCAGCGAGAUUGGAGGAGCAAAGACUUGGCCGUGAAGCAGAGAAAGUCAACUCAUGGGUCAAACAUGAAUCAGCCAGGUUCGACCACCUUCCAUAGUUGACCAUUGUUUUGACCAAGCUUUCCUAGCUAUAUUCUUGUAAAACUGUCAAAAGGCUCAUGUAUAGAGUACAGAUACGAACCACGAACUAAUACAAUAUGUAUAUACUUUUUUGGUUUACAACCACAAGAAACACAAAGUGUAUUGCUUCUUACAUAAGACAUGAUACAUAUUGUUGCCUACGAA